AUGAUCAACAAAACCACGUUAGAAUCCAUGGAGCCUGUUCGAUAUAAAACAGCGCUUGCAUCUUCACAAUUCAGAUAUAGAGAUGCACCGUCAUCAGAAUCUUUGGGAAACAUUUUUGAUCUCGGACUGUAUAGAAACUGGUGUUCUGUAAUGGGCGACAGGGUCAUCGAGUGGCUUCUACCAAUUGUACCUGCCAACAAAACCGAAGGCAUUUCGUUUGAAAUUAACCAGGAGCUCUGGGACAAGGCUCAACGGGAGGCCCUUGACGAGCAGUCGCAAUUCCACGAAGCAAACGAAUACUACCGCCGACAGUCGGACUACCUCGAGCAGCGACGUGAGAUCAGGAAACAACAACUACAGCGUUCCAUAGAAAGCGACAUUCGUACCAGCGAGUAUCAUGAGCCCGAAAUCCCUGAUCCGUCCGAAUCUAUACCACUCACCCGUUACAGGUGA